CUCUGAGCUCUCUUCACUUGGUUUUUAAAAAAACAAGAAUGAAUAGCAAGCGUAUGCCGAAGAAAACAUAAAAAUGUUAACCGUAAAGAAAUUAACCGCUGGUGUUCAAACAAAAUUGUAUUCAGUAAAACCUAAAGAAUGUGCUGGUCUAAAUACCAGUAGGCUGUUCGGUAAACAAUCCUCCAACGAUCUUGUGAAGAUUUGCAGAUCUUUUUCUGUGUUGCACAAUCUUACUUGUAAUUCACGAAAUCCGCAACUUCGUCAUUUCAAUUCUGAGUAUAAGGCAGCAUGUUCCUUAUUGAGACGAUCAAAUCUGCCGAACCUGACCACCUUUCUCAAUAACCAUGCCAGCUAUAGAGGCUUACACACAACACCUAGUGGACAGAACCAGGAUGAUAAUAAAAAGAAAGAAGAUGACAAGAACAAGAAAGAAGAUGAAGGUUUGCCAUCGUUGAUGAUGAAAGUGGCCUUCUGGAUGUUCACAACCUGCAUCCUGGUCAUAGCCAGCACCCUGCUAGUCCCCGGAGACAACACUCAAAAUGAGCUAAUAAGGUAUGUGUCAUGGAAUGAGUUUGUUUACUCCAUGCUGUCGAAGGGCGAAGUUGAGGAGUUGAUAGUCCGUCCUGACCUGGAGGUGGUCACCAUCAUCCUGUACGAAGGAGCCGUCAUCAAAGGAAAAAGGAACAUGCACCGAGUGUAUCAUAUGAACGUCGGAGAUAUCCAGCGGUUCGAGGAGAAACUCCGGGAAGUAGAACAGCAGUUGGGAGUAAAGGAGGGGGUCCGGGUGAUCUAUGAUAGGAACGGAAGUGUCGCCGGCAAGAUCAUAACGACGCUUCUGAUUGGAGCUGUCAUACUGUCCUUCUUAUACUCUACGAAGUCUCGAAUGAAUAUUAACUUGGGAGGAUUUAGUCAACUUGGUCGAGCUAAGUUCACGUUAGUAGAUUCUAUGACCGGACAAGGCAAAGGAGUGAAGUUUUCAGAUGUGGCUGGUUUGAAAGAAGCUAAAAUCGAAAUUAUGGAGUUUGUUGAUUACCUGAAGAGGCCUGAACAUUAUAAGAACUUGGGGGCUAAGGUUCCGAAAGGGGCACUACUGUUGGGCCCGCCUGGUUGCGGCAAGACCCUGCUGGCCAAGGCAGUGGCUUCUGAGGCUAAUGUGCCAUUCUUGUCUAUGAACGGAUCGGAGUUCAUCGAAAUGAUUGGUGGCCUCGGGGCCGCUAGGGUCAGAGACCUAUUCAAAGAGGCAGCAAAACGCGCACCAUGCAUCGUCUACAUCGACGAGAUGGACGCGGUGGGUCGCGCCCGCGCCGGCGGCCCGCAGAGCUUCGGCCCGGGCGGCGGCGAGUCUGAGCAGACCCUCAACCAGUUGCUGGUGGAGAUGGACGGCAUGAAGAGCAGAGAGGGGGUGGUGGUGCUCGCCAGUACUAAUAGGGCUGAUGUGCUGGAUAAGGCUUUAUUACGACCGGGCCGCUUCGACCGCCACAUUCUUAUAGACCUGCCGACACUGAUAGAAAGAGAAGAAAUAUUCGAGAGACAUCUCAAGAAUAUCGUCCUUGAACCUCUUCCAGCUUAUUACGUGAAGAGACUAGCCUACCUAACCCCGGGGUUCAGCGGCGCGGACAUAGCCAACGUCUGCAACGAGGCGGCGCUGCACGCGGCGAGGCACAAGCAGAGCGUCGUCAAGACUGCUGAUCUGGAGUAUGCCGUGGAGAGAGUCGUCGGUGGCACCGAAAAACGCAACCACGCCAUAUCGCCAGCAGAGAAGAAGAUAGUGGCAUACCACGAGUCGGGCCACGCGCUGGUCGGUUGGCUGCUCGAGCAUACUGACGCCUUGCUGAAGGUCACCAUAGUGCCGCGGACCACCAUGGCCUUGGGAUUCGCGCAGUACACCACCUCGGAUCAGAAGCUAUACUCUAAGGAGGAGUUGUUCGACCGUAUGUGCAUGGCGCUGGGCGGGCGGGCGGCGGAAGCCAUCAUAUUCAACUCGAUCACGAGCGGCGCCCAGAAUGAUCUGGAGAAGGUCACCAAGAUCGCCUAUGCUCAGAUCCGAGUGUAUGGCAUGUCUCCAACGGUUGGACUGGUUUCAUUUCCUGAUGAGAAACAGUUUGGCAAGAGUCCCUACAGUAAGACGCUAAAGAAUCUUAUAGAUUUGGAAGCCAGGAAAUUGAUUGCCAAAGCGUACUACAGAACCGAAGAAAUACUGAGGACGAAUAACGACAAACUAGAGAUGCUGGCAAAAGAACUGUUAAAGAAGGAGACUCUGAACUAUCAGCAAGUGCAGGAUCUGAUCGGACCUCCUCCAUUCAAGAAGAAGUUCAUAGAUCCAGUGGAAUUCGAGAAUUCGCUUAAGAACCUGGAGCAAGCUGCCAGCGAGGGAGGCGAGACCCAGACCGGAGCCCCGUCGUCGCCCAAAAACACACAAAACAUUUUAUAACUUGCUUACAAGAUUUGUUGUAAUUUAAAUUGUAGAUAAAAUCUUUGUAAAAUACUGCAUCUGCCUAAGCAUUUGAGAAUAAAAAUAAAUACUUAUUUAUGAACUCAC